AUGGCGUCAUCAAGAUCAACAACACAGCGUCUCCUGAAAGAAUUGCAAGAAUACGCCAGCAAUCCAAAUGAAGCUCUGCUUCAUCUGGGACCCAUCAAUGACGAUGAUUUGCUUCACUGGGAGGCCGUUUUAAAAGGUGUCAACGGCACGCCAUAUGAAGGCGGCCUCUGGCAACUGCAUAUCGAAGUCCCACCCACCUACCCACUCGCGCCACCCAAAAUCCGCUUCAAAACACGCAUUUCGCAUCCUAACAUCUCGUUCAAAACGGGCGAAAUCUGCCUGACGCUACUCACAUCCGAACAUUGGACUCCCGUGUAUAAAAUAUCAACCACGCUGUCGGCAAUUCACCAGUUAUUGACUGAUCCGCGCCCGGACUCGCCGUUGAAUGUGGAUGUGGCAGCGCUUCUGCGUGAUGGUGAUAUUGCCGGCUGGGAGAGUAUUGUGAGAUAUUGGACAGAGGAAGAGCGGUGGCAGGGACCGGGAAACAACGCCAAGCCUGCUGCGCGAUGA